AUGGACCCCUUUUCAAUCAUCGUCGGUGCGGUGGGCCUUGCAGACGUCACAUUACGCACUGUUACCUACCUCGGGCAUAUCAAAAGCGCUUCUACGAAGAUUCAAGCCGAGAUAAAUGUCUUAGAUCAGGAAAUAUUCGCUCUGACAAUUGUGAAUGAGUCGGUACGGGAAAUAUGGGAAUCCAAGUGUGACCCAAAUGGCUUCUAUGUGUCUAACGAAAAGUCGUCAAUGGUGGACAAUAUUUGGGCGGACAUGGGUUUACUUUUAAGCCAAGCCACGAGCACCAUUAAGGAGCUUGAGGAACUCCUCAAGGAGGUUCUCGGCAAGAAAGGCGCUCUCUCACGAGGCAAAAUUGAGAAUUUCAUGACAGUCAUCCGCAAAGAAGAUCGAUACAGCGAAUACACCCAAGUCCGUCAGCGUCUAACAAAUUACCAGGCGGGUAUCCAAAUGCUAUUCAUUGCUCUGAACACCUACUACAUGCGCAAAGGCCAUUCCGACAAUGAUGUUGCUAUUGGCAACCUCUCAGACAAAUUGCACCGUCAAAAUACGAUGCUACAGCGGCAAAUUACCAGGUUCCGUCAGACGCUUCAGGGCUCCUUUGAUUCAGAUGAUCUUUACGACUCACUCCGAUCUGCCGACGCAGUGGCAUCGGCCAUUAGGUUCAACAUGCAUUUUGACGUACCUCAAAAUGUCAGCAGCUACUACACGGGCCGAUUGAAGCAGCUAGAAGAACUCAAAGUCAUACUCAAGGUUGACCAAUCCCGUGAACUUCAAGAUCACCAAAAACGAUUCGUUAUAUAUGGUCUUGGCGGCUCUGGAAAGUCUCAGUUCUGUUGCAAGUUUGCGCAGGACAACAGGGAACAUUUUUGGGGUGUCUUCUGGAUAGACGCCAAUUCUGACGAAACUGUCAAACACUCGUACGCACGAAUUUCCAAGAUAGGCGGCGUUGAACCCAACGAAAGUGCGGCCAAAAAUUGGCUUUCAACCUUGCAGCAACCAUGGCUACUUCUCGUCGACAACGCUGAUGACCCCAAACUUGACGUUAUGCGCUAUAUUCCGAGAGGAGAAAGGGGCGUUGUUCUCAUCACUUCCCGUGAUUAUGCGAAUAGGAGACAUGGAACGGAAGGUUCUCGUUUUUUUCACUUCGAAAAAUUAGCAAUUGAUGAAGCUAGCGACCUCGUUUUAGCGGUAACCGAUCUUCCACGCCCGUGGGAAACCUCAAUCAGGGAAUGCGCUGAUCGGAUAGCCAAUCACUUGGGCUAUUUACCUCUUGCGUUGGUUCAUGCCGGAAAGGCGAUUCUGGAUCGAUUGUGCUCCCUGAAUGACUAUUGUGAAUAUUACGAGCGAACAUGGGAGAGGAUUCGCCGUACUCAUGGUCGGAGUCGUUCUCAUUCCCGUGGUCAUGAGGAGGAAGAUUGGUCCGAUAUGGUUGUGUAUUCUUCAUAUGAGAUGAUCUAUAUUCGCCUCGAGAACAAGGCCGACGAGCGGUCAAGAGACGCCCUAGAACUUCUAAAAGUCUUUUCAUUUUUCCACUGGGAAAAUAUUGAGUUUGAUCUGAUCAAAACGGCCGCUAUGAAUCCUCGCCGAGAACGAGAAGCUAAACGCAUAAACGCAGAGGCGGGAAAAGAAGAACCUAAAGAUCAAGGACCCGGGACAUGGAGAGGUGCAAUCCAAGAAGGGGUCAUUGCAACCCUGGAGCCACUAAUGAGAUCUACUUCAAUCUUGCCGGCAAUCUUAUGUGAUGAGGAUGAGGACCCGUUCGAGGUGGACCGGCUGCGCAGCGCAUUGUCACUACUCGUCCGCCUUGGCAUGUUGACGCUUCAUGAUGAGAAUAACAGUUAUUGGAUGCACCCAUUGGUUCACACCUGGGUGCGACGGAGACCUGAUACUAGUACUGCUGAGCAAGCUGUCUGGUGUCAAGCAGCCGCUACGGUGUUGGCACAAUCCAUUUUUCUUCAGGCCCCGAAGGCUUAUGAGGCUCAAGAUGAGAGGUUCAAAAGAGAUAUUCUACCGCAUGUGGAGAAUGUUCGAACAUUCCAGGAGGAUAUCAACAAACGCCUCGAAGAUGACCGGAAGAACGCCCACUGGUUUUGGCCAUUAACGCGGUUCAUAAUGUGGCUCACGCCUCAUUUCGGGCUCGGGAGGCCCCAGGCAAUUCGACUUGCCAAAUUUAGUUUAGUCUAUCUCCAAUGCGGGGAAUGGGUCAAGGCAGAGGAGCUUCAAGUUCAAGUCAAGGAUUACGUAUUUUCGACCUUAGGACCUGACUCGGAAACUGGAGUGGCAAUUGCUCUGUUAUUGUCCCAGAACUAUGCCUUGCAGACACUCAACAACAAAGCAAGAGAGCUACAGUAUCAAGUCCUUCAGUCUGCCAAGAACUACUUUGGUCCUGAUCAUCCAAGAACUUUACAAGUCAUGGACACUCUCGGUUUCACAUGUCAAGUGGGCAGCAGGCUCCAGGAGGCUCAAGAACUGCACGAAGAAGUCAUCAAGAAGCUACUCAAUCUCGAAGGCUAUGGCCGGGAACAUGAGGCCACUUUGACUGCUAUGAGUAAUCUGUCUAAAGUGAAACUUCGGCAUUUCCAUCAUCAGGAGGCGUUCGAGCUUCAAUUGCAAGCCUUUGAGGGAAUGCAAAGAGUCCUUGGUCAAACGCAUCAGAAAACUUUGGAGGCCAAGGAUGAUCUUGUGGCUCUUUACGGAUUUAUCGGCGAGAAGCAUCUGCCCCUGGCUCUGCAAAUGGGCGAAGAGAACAUGCAUGUUCGAAUCAAAACACUCGGUCGUGAACACCCCUUCACACUGAAGUCUCAGUUGAACGUGGCGAAGAUCAAGACUGCGAUGAAUCAAUUUGAGGAGGCCGAGCAACAUUUCCUUCAAGGUUUGCCUGUAGCUGCAAGGAAUCUAGGUGACAAACACCUUGGGACUCUGACAGCUGAGACUUGGUAUGGACAUCUCCGCUGGCGCCAAGGUCGGUACUUGGAAGCACAAGUCAUAUGGGAAGGAGUCACAGCAAAGCACAGAUACGAAGAAACAAAACGUGGAGAUGGAGAGCAUACUGAUCGGUUGCAAGCAAUGUGGUUCCUAGUCCAUUGCCUUGAAGACCAAGGAAAAAUUGAUGAGGCCCUGGACAUGUGUGAGAAGGUCGCUCGCCUUGUUCAAGAUUUUGGCGGAGAGGGACUAGGACAGAAGCACAAAUUCUGGCAAUUUUUGAAGGAAAAGAGUGUGGAAUUGCAAAAUUUGAGGAAGCUGAACGAGACGAGCAAUGCCCAUGGCAGUCAAUGCUUUCUAUCAGACCACGAGCGGACAAAACUUUCAUCCACAAUACCACCCAAGAAAAUAGUGAAAGGCUUUACUUUCUAG